AUGGUCGACAAAAAAAUACUGCCCAGCGUAAUACAGUUUAAACCAAUCUCAGAUAGAAUAUCUGUAUUGCGACUUAAAAGUAAAUUCGUCAAUAUCACCCUCCUGAAUACGUAUGCCCCAACAGAACUAGCAGACGAUGCCACCAAAGACGAUUUCUACGAAGAGCUAGAUCAAGUAUAUGAUGAUAUCCCCGAAUAUGACGCUAAGAUCUUGCUAGGGGACCUAAACGCAAAGAUAGGACGAGAAGAGGCAUUUAUGCCCACCAUAGGAAAACACAGCAAACAUGAGAAGUCCAACGAUAACGGCAUUAGGAUAAUCAGUUUCGCAUCAUCAAAGUCCAUGGUAGUCCAAAGUACCAAGUUCCCCCACAAGAGCAUAUACAAAGGGACCUGGAAGUCUCCGGAUGGUAAAACAGUCAACCAAAUAGAUCACGUCUUAAUUGACAAUAGGCACAAGAAUAUUAUAGAAGAUAUAAGAACAUUCAGAGGUGCAGACUGUGACAGUGAUCAUUAUUUAUUGGGUAUCAAAGUCAGGGCUAGGAUAAAUGUCAGUAAAGAAAAAACUGUAACAUGCGAAGACAAGAUCAAUGUAGAAAACAUAAGACAUGAUAAAGUAAAUAAAAACUUACAAAUAGAGUUGAAUAACAGGUUUGAUGGUUUACCAUUGUCUGACAAUAUCGAAGAGGCAUGGAACACAUUAAAAGAGACAGUGAAGAAAGCAAGCCUACAGAUACUUGGCAAAAAGAAACGUAAAAACAGAAGGAAAUGGUUAACACCAAAAUGUGAGGAAUUGUUAAACGAGAGAAGGAAGUUAAAAAUGCAAGCGGAGCAGGAUAAGAAAUGGAAAGAUAAAUACAAUAAUAUACGCACAAAAACCAAAAGGACGAUAAGAAACGCGAAGAGAAAACAUUUGGAGGAUAUAAUACGGGGUAUGGAAGACUUAAUUAGAGCAAAUGAAAGUAGGAAUUUUUAUCAAAAAAUUAGAAACCUAAAAAAAGGCUACCAACCUACCUCGCAACUUUUGGAAGACGAUGUCGUGAUGUUAACAUCGCCGUGA